AUUUAUACCAUGGAUCAAAAAUGUUUUUUUCCCGGUAGAAUGGAAACGGUAGCUUCUGCGACGUGUAAGAAGUUAAAACGGAUACAUAUUCUGAUUGUAUCCAGCUCUCUACUUUGAAGAGGUUCUGAAAUUGAUUAUUCCUUUUUUGACCAUGGAGAACACAACACCAAGUCUCAGCAUGUGUGAAGUACAAGAUGUAUUUACCUGCAGCCAAGCUCGGUCUCUGCUUUGUAUCAGGCAAACGCUGCGAAGAUCUGCGAGAGUGACGAUACAUGGGAGCGUGCUCUUCUUGAGUGGCCUUGUAGCAGUGAAGGACACACAACUGUUCCUUGUGAGACUAGAGCAAGGAGUCAACAUUAUUGUCAAGAAAUCCAGCUACCUUUACUGGCAGAAGGAGCUAGAGUUGAAUGAAGACUAUGUGUUCACAGAAUUGAUACCUACAUCUUUACAGAAGGGUAGCAGGGAGCAGCAUCUGCUGUAUGCAGUAAGUGACCACAGUCAGUUACAUGAGGCUUCCAAGGUGAGAUUGACCCUGGUGAACAUUGACCACUGGCUAACUUCACACAGGAGGCCUGUGACUAAUGAUGCCCUGCCAGGCGACUAUCAACUGGACAAUGGACAGGCUGAGACUGAAGACAAGCUAGAUGUCUUCUCUUACCAGGGUAUGGUGACUGCAGUUUUGGAUGCCUCUGUUGGAGUUUUUGAGCUGGAUGGAAAAGUCAGAUUGUAUGCUGGCCAUUUGCAUAGCAGUACCACAGAUCAGCUGAAAACUGGACAGAUAGUUCUGGUACAGAAUGCUCACUAUAGACUUCAUACCAAGCACUCCAUGUUGUCCCUGUAUUGCUGCAUCCUGGCGAGUGUCAGUGUGAUAGAGGGACCGACUGCUGAUCAGAACAUCAAAACACAGUCUUCAGAUGGUUUAAGAAAGCAGAUUUAUACAAGCAGUCUGUCCCAAGCCCAUAUGGACCUGCUGGGUCAGCUAAGACUUAAACUAAACCUGCAGUUUCUGUCUGGGUUUGGUCAGAAGUUUGUAGACAAAUUAUUUAGUCGGCUGUUGAGCACAGAUUAUGCCCAGCAUGUGAAAAUGGACGGUAGGUCGCGUAAUGCUAUUGAUGAAUUCCUUACACUACCUCACCAAUGUGGGCUCAUGGUACAGGGAGAGGAGAUCCAGUUGAAAAUGUGUAGUAUUGCUGAUAUACAGAAAGUCAAGCUGGCUGAUAGCCCUGCUGUGGCAGUAGAAGGGAAAGAUGCCACAGACUGGUGCGCUAAUAUAAAGGCUCUCCCUGACAUGGAAAUUCCCUGCAUAAUAGAUACUUGCAGAGAAACAGGUCAACUCAUUCUGCAUGACAACACUGGUAGAAUAGGUGUGGUUGUUUGCUGUCUCCAUAGCAACCAUAGCGAUAAGACUGCCUCCCUGGCAACAUGUGUACAUGGAGGGAAGACGGGAGAAAAUUCUGCUUCACUAGUGAAUCAAGAACAAGAACAGCUUCCAGAAGAUAAAUAUAUUAGUGAAAACAAAUCAAAAUUUUGUAUGGAUACAUCUAAGCAAAAUGAAGAACACAGCUUUGAAAAAUGUGAAUCUGAAUAUACUAGGUUAAAAAAUGAAAACCUUGAAGCAGUAGAAGGUAACUCUGGUAACUCUGCUGACCUACCUUCGAAAAAUGAGCAGAAAGGAAUAGAAAUGAAGCAUAUCUGUGAUAUGAAAUGUAAAUGUGAUAGUCUUCAACCAGGACAAUCCUUCACAUGCCCUUUUGUUCAUAAAUGUUGCUUAGGGAAAGCAGUUUUGGUGAAAAAAUGUUAUGUUGGUGAAGAAUUGAAGUUACAGUCAAAAGUUGAUCUGAUGGUUGCUUCGACCUCAAAGAGAUCAAGUAAACCAAUGGAGAAAAAGUGUUUAUAUCUCUUUGUAGAUUUACGAUAUGUUUUUUUUAUUUGUCAUAGUUCAAGAAAAUCAGAAAGUAGUGCUAGUGUAAGUGGACAUCUUCAAGGCUUAGAGAUGGAUAGAUCUACAUCAGUAUUCCAGAAAGAAACACCUAUGUUACACACACAUGAGCGUGAAGAUGGUGGAACUAUUUUCUGUAGGAAGAAAGAAUGUUAUGUUAAAAAGACUCCUGGUAAAUGUGAGAUCAACAGUGAAAACAAGAACACAAGUGUUGAAUAUAUAAACAGGAAUGAUACCUUGUCAAAUGUAAUGAGGCUAGGUGCAAGGUCUGCCAGUGAAGAAAAGUUAGCCGAUUCUUGUUUCAAAUCGAGUUUGUCCAAUACCAGUAAGUCACAAGGUAAAGUGUUUACACCAAAAUUUGUUGUUAAAGGAGUCAAAAGGUGUCAUGUCCGUAACAAGGACAAACAUGUCAGAAAAACAACACUAUCAGAAAAAUGUGUUCUAAAUGAAAAACAAAAUAUUGAUGAACAUUUAUCAUUGACCACUGUCGAUAAUUCAAAGCUAAGGGUUGUCAUUGAAGGAAGUUCUCAGACUGAAAAUUCAAAUCAUUCUGCCAGUAAAUUAAAACUGAUUUCGAAAAAAUGUGACUUAAGUGAUAUCAACAGAGUUUGUGAGCUGACCAAGGUUGUGAUACAUGUUGAAAACAGGGGCAGUGUUCAAGAUGAAAAGAUUGUGAAGGAUGGCAAGCAUAUGAGGCAGUUUUACAUCGACUGUGAACUGGUUACUGGUGACAAAACUUUCAAGGUUUGUUUGCAAUUCCCAGACGGACUGAUUCGGUAUCACGCAGUUAUAUCCCCUGGAGCGUUUUACUUACUCACCGUUCCAUCUGAGUUAUCCCCCUUGCUAGCUCUUAACAUUUCCAAUGUGAAGGUACAAAAGGCUGCCCUCAAGAGUAAAACAAGGUUGUUACUAUCAGUUAAUGACCACGCAGAUAUACAAGAGGCAUGGAAUGAUGAGUCAUCACCAUGGCAACCAGAGUCAUCACCAUGGCAACAUCUUGUUUCCCUAACAGCAUUGCUUCAAACAGGGUUUUCCGACACAUUUGUGAGUUUUGAGGGGUUUAUAGUGAAGCGUUCUUACACGAAUAUUAGCACGGAUGCUCGGACUGUGGACAUCUCAACACGACAGUGUGUGAGGAUACUUGUGCAAGACUGCAGCCUGGAGCAUAAGAAAAUAUGGGUAUACAUCAAUGAGCGUGAUGUUCCCAUUCCCCUGGGUCUGAUCCCCGGGGUAAGGCUGGUGUGCCAUGCUCUUGAGAGAAGGGUGGCCAAAGGUGGCAAUGUCUACUGCAAAGUCUUACCAUUUUCCUCAUUACAUGUGUUGUGCUAUAACAGUGAUCACUCUAAGAAGUCCUCUGAUACCACCCUGACCACAAUGGACAUAGAUUUUACCAGUCUCCCCACCCACUUUCUGUCAGACACCUGGACAAUGCACACAGGCUCAGCCAUGUUCCAGUGCACGUGUGACGUGACCAAAGUAUCUCGCGUUUCUCUCAAGUGUAUUUGCGCAGUGUGUGGCAGUGUGCUCAUGCAGGGCUUGUGCACUAGUGAGGGAUGUGGUGGAGGGGAUGGCUACGCUUUUAGUGUACGUGCAAGUGUGGUAGUAGAUGAUGGGACGAGUGUUGCCAUGGUAACCCUGACAGGAAAUGAUGUAAGAAGCCUGCUCCAACUGUCACAUGACCAGUGGGCAUGUCUACAGGAAGAGGUCGCCCAGGUUGGCGAAGUAUUUGUACAACAGGUACGUCCAGUGUUGGACACUCCCUUGCACCAGUUUGUGUACCAACUUUGUGAGAGUGGUGGGGUAAAACAGACCUGGGUUAUGGCCCUGAAACUCUCUAGGGUCCACCCAGAUGUUAACAACAUGGACGCAAGUGAGUUUGUGUGGAAGGAUUUUGACACCGGGACAGGCCAUAUAUCCACCCAAUGUCUGCCAUUCUUGCACCUACACUGUGAGAGACUGGCCUUAUUCCAGCCAGAGGCACUAGUCCAUAAUUACAUGGGGAACCAAGGGACAGUUUGAUAUGGGAACAGGCCAUAUAUCCACCCAAAGUCUGCCAUAACUAAACUGUGAGAGACUGGCUUUAUUCCAGCCUGAAGGCACCAGUACACAAUUACAUAUACGGUGGUGGUGUUAGUAGUUUAUACUCCGGGUCCCGGCGUGAGCACAUUGAAGGGUCCCAGAGUGACAGUUCAACCACCGCACACCUAUCCUGGGCGGUGAACCAGUACUAGGUGCCUUCACUUCUGCAAGGAACUGACAACUUCUGUACAUGCCAGGGACAGUGGUACAGUGCGAAUGGUCGUAGAAAGGAUUUCAUAACCAAUCACAACAGAAGUGACCUGGUCCGCCCGGGAAUCGAACCCGGGUUGUCCGAUUAACAGUCCAACGCUCUACCGACUGAGCUAACCGGGCGGAUAAAACAUAUACGAAACUAGACAGGCCUUAUAUACACCAGAUGCCUCCCAUCAAUACAGCUACACUGUUAGAGAAUGGCUACAUUACAGCCUGGAAUACUUGUACACAGUUUCAUGGGACCAGUUUGCAAUGGGGACAGCUUAAAUAUUGACCCUAUGCUUCCUAUCCCAACAGCUACACUGUGAGAGACUGGUUUUAUACCAGCCUGAGGCACUAGAACCUAAUUACAUGGGGAAACUAGGGACAGUUAGAAAUGGGGACAUACCAUACAUCAACUAAAUGUCGUCCAUUUCUGCACCUACACUGUAAGAGAAUGGCUAUAUCCCAGUCUAAAGUACAUGUACACAGUUCCAUGGGAAAUUGUUGACAAAGUAACAUAUCAUAUGAAUAAUGGAAAGCUAGGAACUGUUUGAUUGAAUUAAUGGCAUGGUGGAUAUUUUAGAACACAGCAACAAAGCCAUCACGUUUAACACUCCAUGUCUUAUAUGAAGAUUCCAGAAGCCUAUGACCUUCUUGUAAAGCUCAGGGUAAUUCACAUAAAUGCUCUUUAUGUAUUUCCUUGAUAACAAUCCAUGAUAAUAGCAUUAAGUAAUAUGAACUGCAAUCAUAGUAAACAAAAUUGAUGGCAUGAUGAAUAUUUUUUUUAAGAUUCUUAUUUUGCUAUCUAACCGACAUAUUACACAGGGCCCUGGUAGAGUUAGUCUCCCUUUACCUGUUAGAUGUUAAAAGGUUUUAUAGGCUUACAUUAUACUCUUCAUGUGAUCAUUGGGCAUUGCUUUGAUUUUAAUUAAAAAUGAUAGCAAAUUGUUUAUGCUUCUAAAAUAUAUUUUUAUUAUCCUAAAAUUUCCGUACAGCUGUGGAAGUCAUAUUCUUUUAUUUAAGAUGUCAAUGCUCUAAAAAUGUAUUGCUUUAUUUAUAAAUCAUAACAAUAUGUCUUUGUAAAACUUUUAGGGGAUUCUCAUAAUUAUGAGUUUGUACAUCAAUACCAAAGUUCCGCUUGAAUAUAUAUUUAAAAAGCAUGAUGUGUAUCAAAGUACUGUUGGAUUUUUUUUGAAUUUCUAUGUACACAUAAAGCACAGAAUGAUUAUUUUCUUUAAGUAAUCAAAAUGUAUUGAUUAGAAACAUUCAAAUUUAAUAACGUUUACAUAACUUACCAAAAGUAAUUGUAUACUGCAUUGGGUUUGUCAAAGUCAUUUGAAGAAUAUUUGAUAAUUGUAAUGUGAUCUUUUAACAAGAUCUUAAUCCUUUUUUAAAUGAAAUAUGCAAUGUUAUUAUUCAAUUUUAUUGUCAUAAUUGUGUCAAAUUGAAUGUUUUUAUUCACUGAAAAUAAUGACCAAAUGCUUUGGCUGAAAAUGGUAGCAAUUGUUUACAAAUCAAACUGAGCUUAUAAAUGUUUUUAUCUCUGUUUUUCCUGUCUGUUUUCUUUCUUCUAUGUUCUGAAGUUGCAAAAAGAAACUUGAUCAAACUCAUGUUUGUGUUGAAUUGUAUUUCUAUUGAAGCAAGUACUGUGCAUGUCUGUCAGGGUUGAAAUGUAUGCAAAUCAUUAAACUGGAUCCUUCUUAAAAUUACACUAUUGCAUGAUAAAGUUUCGA